AAAUUUUUGUCCUUCUUCUACCAAUUUUCUUUUAGUUGAUCCCCAACUAGUACACACGGAAAAAACCAUUAUGUCGGCGUUUCAACCCGGUGCAGCCCCUCCUCCGCCCGGCGGCAUGAUGAUGCAGCCUGGGGGUCCGGGUCCGGGGAACCAACCGCCCGCAACUAACGAUCCAAACGCCCCUGGUGCAGUGGGACAAGACGCGUCUAAACAACAAGACCCAAAGCCGGUGGAAUCCUCUUCCAGCUUCCAGUAUGUGAUGGAGAAAAGAUUGUGUUUAUUUUCAUUUCAGCAUGACAAACUUCGCCUCACGUUCCAUCCUGUACUUCUGUGUACGCCAUGCAGGAAAAUGACCGACAGGGACGAGAGGUGUAGGUACCCCUACUCAACAGUCACAUUGCGCACGACUCUGUCAUGCUGAAACAGCAUGAUCACAGGAGAACUUCAACUUUGGAGAAGUGAGUACUACGGAAGAAGGAGUUUGUCAUGCAGGAAUGUUGAGAAGAUCAAGAUGACCACUAUCUUUUCUCUGUCACAGCCAAGUGAUGGUGACUGGAGAAUUGGAGGGCGCACAGCUCGGCUCCUCUGGACGCGGACCGCUGAUUACGCAGGAGACAACCCUGCCGUCGACGCAUGAGAUUUGGCAUGAUGCAAGACGUCCGUCAUGAACAUGUAGAUCGUGAUGGCGCGACCUGUAGUAAUGCAAAAUUUGCAGGCCAGAUCAUGCCGCUGAAGCAGGGAAACCAAAACGGCUUGCAGUGCAACCCACGACGACCAGCAAAUCUGUGUUGCGAACAACUCAUCUAACCUGCUCGUCUCCACCAUUUUUGCUCUUAAUAAUAUGCAAUACAAUUUUGAUUUUCCGUUGCGGAGGUGGCAUGGUUGUAUUGCAUAUUACUGUGCGUCUUCAGCUUCCAGUGCGGGAACGACUGGUCGGUGGUACAGGGCCACACGCAGGGAAUCUAUGCAUUGCAAAAGUAUUACAGAUUGUUCGCAAUUAUUGCAAUUCAUUGCAUGACAUCUAAGCAUUGUAGACGAGAGUCAGCAUUACAAAGUUGUCUCUACGAGCUCUGGUCCUUGGAAACGUGAACAAGAACAGUCACGAUGCAUGAUACAUUAUCCACAUCACCUACUUGAUGAUGCAAUACCUAGCAACUUCUUUUGCAAAGCAUAGAUUCACGCAGUUAGCAACCUCCGCGCACCCGACCACGAAGGUGUCUGGACUUUUCCACGGGGAUCCACGGGAGGUAGUGUGGAAUUUUCCGCUGGGCGUAACGUACAAGACCACCAACGCCUUCGGUAUCCAGGAAGAAAAUUGUGUUACUGUAGGUGUUUUGGAGUGCUGUCCGCAUCACAAACUUGCUCCGCAUGACAGAGAAAGCUUGUAAUGCAGAGCUAGUAGCACGUGAAAUGAAAACACACAUGAAAGGAGGACUUGCGCGGGUGUUUGGCAUGACAAGUGUAACUCAUUUGCAUUUUCUGCAUCACAGACUUACACACUUUUUUUCUUGCAUAUUCAGCUGGCCGCGGCUAAUCGUGUCCGUGUACGGGACGGACCUGUGCAACCGGCGGGUCAUCUAUCCAAGAAAAAAACUGUGUAAGUGUAACUCUGUGUUGCAGAAAAUACGAAACUGUUACACUUGUCAUGCUGGACAUGCAUCAGAGGCAAUUUUUGUGCGUUUUUUCAUGUACUAGCUACGCAUGACAGGUUUGCUGUGUCAUGCAGAGCAAACUUGUGAUGCUACUCCUCCAAGAAACUUACACUUACACAGUUUUUUUCCUGGAUAUCAUCAAGGGCUACGGCAGCAUCCAUGUCCCGUGCUCCCCCGGGAGACACGAAAGGAUCAUCCGUCUGUUCCGACCCAUUUCUUCGUAAUAACUUUUCCCUAGAGCAAGAAGCUGUAAAUAUGUUGGGGUUAUGGUAAUCCUUUGCGAGAUGGAGUAUCUGGAUCCGAUUGUUGAAACUUGGUGCCCGCCUACGCGGAACAGAGAUUCUCGGCUUUUUGAGUUGUCAUUUGUGAUCUAAAAAACGGCCAUGCGACACUCUCUAAAAAAAUCCACAGGUCAUGGCUGGUCCGUUUCCUGGGUUGGCUUUUGGGAUCUCCGGCGCAAUUCGUGGAUCCGAGGAUUAUCGGCGGGACAGACGGGAGAGAGGUAGUGCGGGUGCAGUCGGGUGGGAAAGUAAAGGUGGUUUUUAACGUGUUGUCAAAAGGGCACAAGGACUUCAAUUACGACUUAGGGGGUGCGUGAGAAAAAAAUCAAAAAAGGGAAAAUCAAUAAACGAGUCUGUUAGAACGUAAAAUAGGCAGCUUUGAUACUUCGAGUCCAAAAUGUAGUCAAUUUUUGGGGGUACCUAGAAUUUAGUAGAUUUGCUUUGAUGCAAGCGCAGCGCGCAAAUAGAAACUACACCGUGAUACUCUUGAUUGAUGAGAGUUUUUAAUAUACCAUUUCCAAUCGGAACAACGAGUAAUACACCACCAGCCAUUUCUUUUUCUACUCUACACUACUCUUGGUUUUAAAAGGCAAAGAGCAACCAAGAGCCGCACAAAGACUGCGGAAAGGAUGAAAAAACAAUUGAUGGAUCUUCCAACCAGGAGGCAGGAGCUACUUGUUGGGAGGUUUUGUCAGGACAACAAGCGGACUGCAGCAUCAUUCUGCACUUUUUUUUGAAAAAACGGUUGAACAACCAGCAGCAGCAGCACAGACUGCUAUAACCGGCGAAACAACAU